AUGGCCUGGAACAAUCAGUCAGUGGUAAGGGAAUUUAUACUGCAGGGUCUCUCCAGUUCUUGGGAACUCCAAAUAUUCUAUUUCCUGUUUUUCUCUGCGGUCUAUGCAGCUACUGUUCUGGGGAAUCUCCUUAUUGUGCUCACCAUUAUGUCAGAGCCCCGUCUUCACACCCCCAUGUACUUUCUGCUGGGCAAUCUCUCCUUCAUUGACAUGUCUCUAGCCUCAUUUGCCACCCCCAAAAUGAUUGCAGACUUCCUCAGCGAGCACAAAGCCAUCUCUUUUGAAGGUUGCAUUACCCAGAUAUUCUUCCUGCAUCUCUUAGGGGGUGUUGAAAUUGUGCUGCUCAUAUCCAUGUCUUUUGAUAGGUAUGUUGCUAUCUGUAAACCUCUACGUUACUUAACCAUUAUGAGUCACAAAACGUGCAUUGGACUUGUGGCACUUUCCUGGAUUGUUGGCAUCUUCCAUGCUAUGAGUCAGUUAGCAUUUACUGUGAAUUUGCCCUUCUGUGGACCCAAUAAAGUGGACAGUUUCUUUUGUGACCUCCCUUUGGUAAUUAAGCUUGCGUGUGUAGACACAUAUAUUCUGGGAGUGUUCAUGAUCUCAACCAGUGGCUUGAUUGCUCUGGUGUGCUUCAUCCUCUUGGUGAUAUCUUACACCAUCAUCCUGGUGACAGUCAGACAACGUUCAUCUGGUGGUUCCUCCAAAGCCCUCUCCACUUGCAGUGCCCAUUUCACUGUUGUAACCCUUUUCUUUGGCCCCUGCAUUUUCAUUUAUGUGUGGCCUUUCACAAAUUUCCCAAUAGACAAAGUGCUCUCAGUAUUUUAUACCAUUUUCACUCCCCUCUUGAACCCAGUAAUCUACACCCUUAGAAAUAAAGACGUUAAGAAUUCCAUGAGGAAACUCAGUAACCGAUGGAAGACAGGCAGACUCUCCAGUGUCAUUCGAUCUCUCUCUUUCACAAACAUAGUCGUUGUCAUGGCCAUAGUCUUGGUCAUCAGAGUUCCACCUCCAAGUCUCCUCGCAGACCUCAAAGUCUCCAAAGUCUCAGUUUUCCUCUUCCUCUUCAGUAUCUCAUCAUGGACCUUCUCAUCCUCAACAUCUAGUCUUCAGGAUCUAGUCUUCACUCUAAGUCCUCAUUCAGUGUCUUUUCUAUCCCCAAGUCUUUGUCUUCCCCUUCAGUCUCCUGCCUCUAUCCUCCUCAGUCUCUGUCUCUGUCUCUGUCUCUGUCUCUCUUCUGGUCUCUAG